AUUUACUCAACAGCGUAUGUGGGGGAAAAAUCGAUCAGAUCGUCAAAAGUUUGUCGUUAGGUGUUUACUUUCUUCGUAUUGCGCAAAUUUGGAAAUAAAAAAAAACCCGCCAAAAGAGCUUGUUUAGUUCACAAUAACGGUCCCGAUUAAAUACAUUAAGUACAUGUAUUCAAAACACAUUCUUGGCUUCUAGUGUUGGACGGCAAAGGCACUGGACAGCACCACCAAGUUCGAUUGUAUGUGUGCGAGUGCGUUGAAAUGAAGCCAACGCACAUUGUCCGCCAUUUAAGCAACCGUGAAAAUUUUAGAGACUGUUUAAAUGUCACUCUUCAUUCAGAAUUAACACAUGGGUUUACUGCGCAAAUUACCCAGCAUGUUGCGGAAUAAUUGCACAGGAUUUAACACGAUAUAUUCUAAUAUUUUUAACAAUCUUCAGCACACUGCGAAAGACACUUUUACCUAACAUUACAGUUCUGAACAUAGCUAAAGACGGUGUACAGUCGGCCAAUCCCAGCGACUCUUCUAUUGCGUGAGGCCAGAAGCGUCCUCUUGCGGUCGGCUUGGAGAAAUAAUUCUUUAUGGUUGCACAAACGAUAUAGACAGGGUUGCUUUUGGCAUUUACACUAUACCGCACUGACAGAUGUAUUUUUAUUUUUAUCGACGUGUUGUGCGGGCGUUUAAAAAAAACCGUUAGCUUGUGAUCACUACCUUUGCUCACUAUUUUAAAAAUUUAAAAAGUAUUUGGAUGCGGUAAAAUAAAUUUAUUUCGCGGAUUGCCGAUCACGGAAAAUCCGUUAAAAAUGUUAUCGAUAAUAAGAUGCCGCUAUGAUUUUUUGUUUACUGAUUGGUUGAAAAGGCAAUAUGAAUCUAGGCCACUGGAAUUUUCUCCUAGCUUUAAUCAGUUUACAAACGUUUUUCAACGCCUCCGCACAGAUAAGCACUGGAAAUAACAGUUUGAAGGGAUCGAACAACUCAAAUAUUUCCUAUGAAGACACAUUCAAUAGCACUUCGACCGAGGUUCUGGACGCCUCAAUACAUUCAACACUGGAUGUAUCUCAAACAUAUUCGACAGAAGCUGCAACAAUUCAAUCAGGUGCUAGGUUCGCAACCUCUGUUCCUGUUCAAAGUCCUGUAGACAACCCGUUAGAUCCAGCGGACUGUUCUCAACGGGAAAAGUACAGAAAACAACCAGUUGCAACACCAUCGUCGCGUUUAAGAAAAUGCUGCCCACAUGGAGAAAACUUAAAUAUAUAUCGGGAAAAUCAAAGCGAUUCUAUGUGCGACAACGGACUCUUAAGCUUCGAACCGACCAUAAUAAGUGCAGUUCUGUUCGAUAACUGCAUUGAAGACUUGGAGAUUGAGACUACGCUCGACUACGACAUAGGAAAUCCGUGCAACAGUUCUCUUUUGUACGACGACGAAGAGGACGUUUUCUUCGUUCUGCAAGACGGUUCGCUAUUAAUCAUCGACAAAUUUGGCAACGAAUCGUACACAGUGAAAGAACAUUAUUGCUUGGAUAUUGAUAAGUCGGGACACUUGUUUGCCUUUACAUGUGUAACCCAAGUGGAAGAACAAAUUGCUUUCGCAAAAGUCGUUUUUGUUGCCGUUCUUAUGCUAAUAUCUAUGCCCUGCCUGCUAUUAGUUAGUUAUUUGCACAUGACACUUCGCUUGUUGCGCAACUUGCAUGGUCUCUCGCUAAGUUUGAUGUCCCUGUGCUUGGCGUCUGGAUACUUUGUGCACUCCGUUGUGCACAUCUAUGGGAUCCCGAACCAAGGGUUCAUUGGCUACGUAAUACAGUUUUGUAUUUUAAGUUAUUUCUUCUGGUACUUGUGCAUAUGCUUCAAUGUUCUUUUGAAUGUGUGGUACAAGUUGCCUUGCUGCAUUCAAUGCUCAAAGAGUUGGGCCACCUUUAAUUUUGGGUGUUACGCUGUUUUUGCUUUUUCUGGACCGGCCACAAUAGUUGCAUUAACUGUUCAAAAGGGACUCCCAGGAAUGCCGUCUUACUUUCUGCAAGGCCUCACUGAAUCCAUCCGAGAUUCCCAACGUUACUUUAUUCCUCCAGUGUCUACUAUACUUUUUCUAAGUUUUUUGAUUAACAUCAUAUCGUUCUUCGGAUUUCAACGUAUAAGCGGCUACGCCAAGGCUGAAAAAAACAUUCAGGAGCGAAAAUGUUUGUUUGACCAACAAAAGUAUGAAGAUGUUAAAAAAGACGCUAAAUGUGUCAGUUUACUUGGAAUAAUAAUGGUCGUAAGCUGGCUGCUCGAAAUAAUAACGUUUUACUCGGGAUCGAAUUCGAAUUACCUGAUACUCUGCGACAUGGUGAAUGGACUCCAGGGAGUUUGGGUACUGCUAAUUUUUCUAGUCGUGCGCAGGCGUCGCACAAUAAUAUUAAGGUGGUGGUAUGAUCGUGGUUCCCACGAAAUUGAAGGCACAGAGCUGCAAGCUCUUAGUAAUAGUCCCACAUAGAUAUACAAUUAUAAUACAUUACUUCAAAUCUACGAUCGCCGUUAAUAUUACAUUAAUUUUAUGAUUAUAUUAAAUUCUAGUUUAUUUGACCUGCAAAGAAUGAUGUGCUUAUAACAAAAUCAAAUUGAUGAAAAGAGAAAAACAUUCAAAAA